GCGCGCACGCCCACGAUGAAGCUGCUUCGGCGUGCGUGGCGGCGCCGGACGGCGCUUGGCCUGGGUGGCCUCGCACUUGGAGGUGCCGCGCUGCUGUAUUUAGCGCGUUGCGCAUCACAACCCGCCACUCCCGCUGCCGCCGCCGCACCCCGCGUCGCCGCCUUCCUGGCCGUGCUGGUGGCCAGUGCACCCCGAGCCGUCGAACGCCGCAACGCGGUCCGCAGCACGUGGCUGGCGGCGGCGCGGCGCGGGGGCCCAGGCGACGUGUGGGCACGCUUCGCCGUGGGCACAGGUGGCUUGGGCGUCGAGGAGCGCCGCACCCUGGAGCGCGAGCAGGCGCGGCAUGGCGAUCUGCUGCUGUUGCCCUCGCUACGCGAUGCCUACGAGAACCUCACGGCCAAGGUGCUAGCCAUGCUUGCCUGGCUGGACGAGCACGUGGCCUUCGAUUUCGUGCUCAAGGCCGACGACGACACCUUUGCGCGACUGGACGCGCUGCUGGACGAGCUACAUGCGCGUGAACCCGCGCAGCGCCGCCGCCUCUACUGGGGCUUCUUUUCCGGCCGCGGUCGCGUGAAGCCGGCGGGGCGCUGGCGUGAAGCCGCCUGGCAGCUGUGCGACUACUACCUGCCCUAUGCGCUGGGCGGCGGCUAUGUGCUUUCGGCCGACCUGGUGCGCUACCUGCACCGCAGCCGCGAAUACCUGCGCGAGUGGCACAGUGAGGACGUAUCCUUGGGCGCCUGGCUGGCACCCGUGGACGUGCAGCGCGUGCACGACCCGCGCUUUGAUACCGAGUACAAGUCCCGCGGUUGCAACAACAAGUACCUGGUGACACACAAACAGAGCCCGGAGGACAUGCUGGAGAAGCAGCGCUCGCUGCUGCGCGACGGCCGUUUGUGUGCACACGAAGUACAGCUGCGCCUCUCCUAUGAGUACGACUGGUCUGCACCGCCUUCGCAGUGUUGCCAGAGGAAGGAGGGCAUCCCCUGAUUGUGCUAGAGGAAACCUGACAGAGCUGGGGUGGAUUCAAGCCGCUUGGACAGCUUCAAUGCCCUGGCUGAGAAUCUGCUUCAGCCCAGUUAGUUACACCUUGUGGUUGUGCAGAUCAGGGGCCACAUGCUGACCCCCUAAUGCAACCAGCAGGAACCAAGCCUGUGGUACUUCCCUGCCGUGGGGCUCUGGGCAUCCUCCUGCCUGCCCCAGUGACUCUGUGUGUUCCAGGGCACUGCCCACCUGUACUGCCGAGGUCACAGUCACCCGUAGGCGCCUGCACUGAACUUGCUCGUGUAGCCACACAAGGGGCUUUCGCCAAAACUGCCUUGUACCUUCUGGACAGAUUAUUCUUUGUGUCUCUGGUCGAUAUCACUAGUAAUACUUAAGUCUGAAAAUUGAGUCGGUUUCACAUUAAUUAGCUUUGAUGGCAUUGUGCUCUGUUUCCUAGAGAGAGUUUAUGGUAAAUAUAACUCAGUAUUUGCCAGAGUCCUAUUUAUAAAUACUGAAAUUUGUGUAGGUAAGUUUUAAGUUGGGAGUGUCCAGGUAUUUUUUAAAUUUAAGAAGAGACUUUCUUAUGAGAAUUUGGAAUGUGUGAGUUAAUCCUGUAUCAGCUUGUCUGACCCUGCUGCUGUGUGUUUAAACAGAAUUUUCCCACUGUCCAUUUUUCUUUUAAGUUUACACACAAGUCAGUCCCUUUGUCUCUUUCUGAACAGACUUUCCUUUUAAGGCCUCCACACAGGAGUUCUGAAUCCUUGUUACUUAGAUCAGCCCAAGUUCCAGGAAUUGGCCCUUGGUGUGUUGACAAGGCUUCCCAGAUUCUGUCUUGAGAAAAUGACUUGCUGGCCAGCACCAGACCACACAGACCUUCACACAGCCAGCAUAUCCUUUCUUUUAUUUUUUUCUUUCUUUCUUUCUUCUUCUUUUUUUUUUUUUUUUUUUUUUUUUUUAAUUUCACUCCCAUUUAAUAUGAAAAGGGAAGUCUGGUCUUGGGAGAAGUAAGCCUUCUUGAGGACAAGCAGAUGGCCCUAUGCUGGCCUCAGCUGCUGGGCCACAUGUGCUCCUGGACUGAUGAGGUCUUGUGUAGUUGCCUGGGCUAUGUGGUCCCCUUUUGGAAAUGCAAGUGAGGAGGGGACACUACUGCCUUUUAUCACCUUGCUUUUGGGGUCUUGGGCUGUGAUUUUCCUGAAGGGGAAAAUACCCAGCAGUGGACCUAAAAGGCCUUGUGAUCAGGGGCCUGCCCUGCCCUUCUGUCUUCAGAAAGUCGAUGGGACCAGAAAAGGGCUGAGGCCUGCACCAUUCAGAGGUGGGUGCCAGUGGGCUUCCUCACAGCCCCUUGAAGCCAGGAUGAGCUGCCCUGCAUGUCCGGUGGAAAGAACCAGGUCGAGGGGUGUUGGUAAUGCAAAGACCAUAUUUGUGCCAGCCAUCUCACCUGACCCUUACAGUCAAAUUGUUUGAGAAGUUGAUGUAACUCCAUUCUACAGAUGAGGAAGAGGCACACAAAGAGACGGGAAGUCAGAAAACCAUGCGGCUAGAGCAGAGCUGGACUUGAGCUGGGGACUAGACUCCCAGAUCUAGUGUGUGCUGCAGUCCACAGCAUGCACACAGUGCAGAUGUCCAAGUUGGCCUCACAAGAAAGUAAAAAUGAUGCCCAAA